AUGGAAUGCAGUAUGACUGGGACACAUGCAUUACCCUUUGCAGAUGCAGCAUCCAUUGUCCAGUCGAGACAGAAGGAUGAACAGAUUGAAGAUAUCCUUAUAAAGAAGUUUACGAAUGUGCUGCAAGCUUUGAAGGGCCAACUAUUUACUAACAUGCACCCAACUGGUAUAGCAAGAGCGACAAAGUUCAUAUACCUACUGAUCACUACAUUAAGAGGUGUUUCGACCCUGGGGGAGGAGUACGUUGAUAUAUUGUACGUGAAUCGGAGCGGCAGAGGGCUUCCAAAGCGGUAUAGUCGGCUGCUCUUUAUUCUGUCCACGUUUCUAGGCCCGUACGCACUUGCAAAACUAACCAAGAGACUCAGAAAGGGUGAUGAUGAAGGCAAUAUGAAUCUGACGAGUGUCUUUGACGGCAUGAUUGAUUUCUUGCUUCAGUUUCAUUUGAUGACAUUUUACGUAAAGGGUUCCUACUACAAUGUGUUCAAGAGAAUAUUUGGGCUCCGGUACGCCAUCGGGCACAAAGUGGACUCUGCUGAAGGCAAGAUGAGAGAGCAGAAUGCACACACCUAUAAAAUUCUGGGGUAUGUUGUGCUGAUUCAGAGUGUCAGUAAGGGUAUUCCGAUAAUAAAGGAGCUUCUAAAGACGCGGCACAAAUCUGAGCCUCAGAUUAACGAAAAUGGAGUGCUAACAGAGAAACCGCAAACGACAAUUUCUAAAAUAUCCUUACGUGACCCUGAAGUGAUGCCAUUCAUUUCGGGGCCAUCUCGAGAUUGUACAUUGUGUCUUUUGCCGAUGACGAACCCAAGUUGUGCACCGUGUGGACAUACGUACUGCUGGGACUGCCUCUUUAAAUGGUGCAACGAAAGACCAGAGUGUCCUUUGUGUCGACAAACGUGUGCACCGCAACAAAUCCUCAUGUUGAGACAGUAA